AUGUUCUACAGACCAUCCACCAUCACCGCCGCCGACUUCGAGCACAUCAAGUACCUGGGAAGUGGAACAUUUGGAGUUGUAAGUUGACUUUUUACAUUAACAGCCUUUGGGAUUUCGGUUAAAAAAUUUUUAAAACCGUACAAGCCCUUCCGGAAAGUCGUCGGACUUGAAAUCGGCGUCAUGCACUGUGCGAAACAAAAGUUCACUUUGCACUGUGCAAUUUUUUGCUUUUGCACGGUGCAAUCAUCUUUUUUGGGCUGUCGCUCGCACUCUGACUUUUUUUGCACAGUGCACUGCAGUGCGAACAUCAAAAACCAGUCCGGCGACUUUCCGGAAGGGCUAAUAAAUUUGCACAGUGCGGGUUUGUUGCUGCGAAAAUCGCGAAAAAAGAGGGUUUGCACCGUGCAUCACCCAAAACACAAUUUGCACAGUGCAUUUUAGAGUUUUUGCUUUACGCCUCGCAAAUUUUUACAAACUAAAAUUUUCAUAAUGUGCGUAGAACUUUUUUCUUGGCUUUUAUCGCAAACGAACAGUGCAUUUUGCCUUUUACCCUGUUUGUCACUCACGCACCGUGCAUUUUACUAGUCCUUCCGGAAAGUCGCCGGACGGAAAUCGGCGACAUGCACUGUGAGAAAAAACUCAGGGUGCGAGCGACAGCUCGAAAAAGCCUAUUGCACAGUGCAAAACCCCAAAAAUUGCACAGUGCAAAGUGAACUUUCGAUUUCGCAGAGUGCAUGUCGCCGAUUUCCGUCCGGCGACUUUCCGGAAGGACAGUACUGUCUUUCGCACAGUGCAAAUUGGAAAAAGCGGUUUGCAUUGCGCGAAUAAUUCGGCCAAGGAUCAGCGACGUAGUCUGAUGCACCGUGCAAAAACUUGAAAAAAAUAAUUGCACAGUGCAGAAACCUUCAUGAAAGAAAGUCUACGUAUUUUAUCAGUCUGUCGGGAAAAUAACGGCGGAUCGUCGCGGCAAAAUGUCUCGGCUCGCCGCUGUCGCGCACCAAAUCCCCAGCCGCGGCUUGCAUUCGCAAAGCGAUGAUGGUCGAUUCGGAGGCGCGACGAUCCGCCGUUAUCUUCCCGACAGACUGAUAUGAAACUGCUAGCAACGAAUUUUUGAAACGCAAAAAAAAACAUGUUGAAGUUCAAGUUAAGCCAUCCAAAAACAAAAUUUUUUUCUAAAAUCCGAUUCCUCUUUCUAAAAUCCCACUUUUCAGGUCUCAUUGGUCCAAAAAAUUGGCGGAGUAGACGCUGGACGAACCUAUGCCCUCAAGGCAAUCAAAAAAGAAGCCGUCGUUCAACGGAAAAACGGGUUCAAACACCUGCAAAAUGAGCUUCGAGCUCUCAAAGAAGUCGAUGGAAAUAUGGGAGUCCGUCUGUUCUACACGUUCCAGACGGACUACCUCUUCUACCUGGCCAUGGAGCACGUCGAAGGCUGCGAUCUGUGGACCUACAUCCACAAGGUGUGCCGGCGCUUAACCUUGAAGGCGACACAGUUUUUCACGGCACAAAUCAUGCUCGCGAUUGACUAUUUGCACGAGGAGCAGAUAGUUUUUCGCGACUUGAAGCCCGAAAACAUCAUGGUUGGACUUGAUGGAUACUUGAAGUUGAUUGAUUUCGGACACGCCAAAAUGGAGAUCAAAACUUGGUGCACCAAGAUGUACAGUGUCAUUGGGACGAUCUACUAUACGGCGCCGGAACAACUCGACAAGUCACAAGGAUAUACGAAAAUGGUCGAUUGGUGGGCUGUUGGGGUCGUGGCAUACCAAAUGUUCUUCGGUAGACUGCCUUUUGAUUCAGAAAACCGGAAAGAAGUGUGCAGAAAGGUAAGUAAUAAGUUUUUUUUUCAUUAAUACAAGCAAAAAGCUGGUUUUCUUCGAAAGAGACCCCGAGUUGAAAGAGACCCCGAGUUGAAAGAGACCCCGGAAUCGGGGGUCUCUUUCGAUGUUUCCUCGAAAUGGCCGAAAAGGUCAAAAAUAGGGUAAUCGAUGGCGUAGAUUCCAAAAAUCAUAUUCGUUUUUCUCGAUCCUUACUUUUUUGCUUAAGUAGUAAUGUUAAAAAGUAAUUUUUUGAAUUUUUUCUAAAAAUAGUCGAUUUAGGGGUUUUCGAGGGUGCUGAUUUCGAAAAUCAUGUUAGCUUUCCUCUUUAUAGUACUAUCUGGUACUGUAUAGCACAAGGUGGUACUAUAUAGCACGAGGUAAAAAUUAAGCUAUAACGCGUGAAUGACGUUGUUUUGGUAUGCAGUACUGAUCAAACGUUCAUUUUGUGCAAAAACAAAUUCGUGCUAUAUAGUACCAUGUGCUAAAACACAUUUUUGAGAAGUACUGGGCUUCAAACCCAUAGCAUUGACGUGUUAUGGCUUAAUUUUUAUCUCGUGCUAUAUAGUACCACCUCGUACUAUACAGUACCAAGCGCAAAGAACAUGUUGUUUGAGCAGUACUGGGCACCAAACCAACAGCAUUAACAUUUGAAUGCAUAAUUUUUAAUCGCACUGUCUGGGGACAAAAUGGCUCGAAAAAAGUGGGGACAAAAACGUCCUGCGGACAAAACCGUUUUGGGGACAAAACCGGGGUGGGGACAAAAACCUCCACUACGCUCAAAAACACUUUUUAAAUAACUGGUACUGUUUAGUACUGUCUGGUACUAUGUAGUAAAAGGUAAAAAUUUGGCCUUUAGGCGUUAGUGGUGUUGUUCUGUUGCUUAGUACUCCUAUUUUCACCUUGUACUACAUAGUACCAGACAGUACUAAACAGUACCAGUUAUUUAAAACGUGUUUUUGAGGAGUACUAAGCAUCAAAACAACACCAUUAACGCCAAAAGCCAUAUUUUCACCUCGUACUGUAUAGUACCAGAUAGUACUAUAAAGAGGAAAGCUAACAUGAUUUUCGAAAUCAGCACCCUCGAAAACCCCUAAAUCGACUAUUUUUAGAAAAAAUUCAAAAAAUUACUUUUUAACAUUACUACUUAAGCAAAAAAGUAAGAAUCGGGAAAAACGAAUAUGAUUUUUGGAAUCUACGCCAUCGAUUACCCUUCGGGGUCUCUUUCAACUCGGGGUCUCUUUCAACUCGGGGUCUCUUUCAACUCGGGGUCUCUUUCGAUGGCUUUCCAAAAAGCUUCUUUCUUCCCUUAUUUUUGCCUGACAAUCUCUCCAAUAUGCCGUAUAGAUUCUAAUUUUUCAAUUUCAGAUCCUCGAAGACGAGCCCUACCUGCCUAUGCAAACGAACAAGCAGUUCAAGGAGUUCAUUCAAGUCCUCCUCCGCAAAGACCCCAAUCAAAGAGUGGGAUCGACCGGGAAACGGAGCCUGAUGCUCUACGACUUCAUGAAGGAUGUCGACGUGGAUGCUUUCAUGGCGAAGACGAUAGAUCCACCGCUGGCCAAAAAAGUCCCAUCGAAUCCACCCGACGACACGGAGGCGUGGAAAUACGACGAAAAAGUGAAACACGACCAUUUCUACGGAUUCGACUACACAGCUCCACAAUUAAGAAGUUUGAAGCGGCCAGCACCUCCAGAUUCCGAGGAAGUUCCAGUCAAAAGAACUAGGUAG